CGUAUCGACUGUUAUCUGCUCUAUCAGUGUUAUGAACGAGGCGGAGAGACGGGUUUUCAUUCACUGUAAAGCGGAGACGAGCGGCUGCCAACACCGACUUACUGCCAACACCGACUCAGUGCGUUCGUUAUUUUCUUAAGAGACGUGUUGUUCCUAUUCUGGUCUUGUUUAAAAGCGCAUGCUCAGAUUUCCAGCCUGUGCAGUUGUUGCUUUUGCUCCAGAGAGAAAGGUUGAAUUUUUAGGUUGAGGGAUUUAAAGAUGACUACAUCAUGGAGCGACCGACUUCAGGAUUAUGCAGACCUCCCAGCAAACAUGGACGGGUUGGCUAUGAAGAAAUACAGACGCGAGGCAUAUCAUAGAGUGUUUGUGAACAGAAGUUUGGCUAUGGAGAAGAUCAAAUGCUUUGGUUUUGACAUGGAUUACACUUUAGCAGUCUACAAAUCUCCAGAAUAUGAAUCCUUGGGUUUUGACCUGACUGUUGAGAGACUGGUCUCAAUUGGCUACCCCCAGGAACUGCUUGGCUUUGUCUAUGACCCCUCCUUCCCAACUAGAGGUCUGGUAUUUGACACCAUGUACGGUAACCUUCUGAAGGUGGACGCCUAUGGUAACAUCCUGGUCUGUGUACAUGGCUUUAACUUCCUCCGUGGGCCUGACAUCCGAGAACUCUACCCCAACAAGUUCAUCCAGCGUGAUGACACCGAACGCUUCUACAUCCUCAACACUCUCUUCAAUCUUCCAGAAACCUACCUCUAUGCCUGCCUGGUUGACUUCUUCUCAAACUGUGACCGAUAUGCAAGCUGUGAGACAGGCUUCAAAAACGGAGACCUCUUCAUGUCCUUCAAGAGCAUGUUCCAGGACGUACGAGACGCCGUCGACUGGGUCCACUUUAAGGGAACUCUGAAAGAAAAAACAGUAGAAAACCUAGAGAAGUACGUGGUGAAAGAUCCUAAGCUGCCGCUGCUGCUGAGCCGCAUGAAUGAAGUUGCCAAAGUGUUUCUGGCCACCAACAGCGACUACAAAUAUACAGACAAAAUCAUGACCUACUUGUUCGAUUUCCCUUAUGGGCCAAAGCAUGGCUCUCCUCAUCGCCCGUGGCAGUCUUACUUCGACCUGAUCUUGGUGGAUGCACGAAAACCACUGUUCUUUGGAGAGGGAACUGUGCUGAGGCAGGUCGAUACGACUACCGGGCGGCUGAAGAUUGGAACAUACACUGGACCUCUGCAACACGGCAUAGUCUACUCUGGAGGAUCCUCAGACAUUGUGUGUGAUCUGCUGGGUGCUAAAGGGAAGGAUAUCAUCUACAUCGGGGACCAUAUUUUCGGAGACAUUUUGAAGUCCAAAAAACGCCAAGGCUGGAGGACCUUCCUAGUGAUUCCUGAGCUGGCCCAGGAGCUGCAUGUCUGGACAGACAAAAGCUCACUAUUUGAAGAACUCCAGGGCUUGGACAUUUUCUUGGCAGAGCUGUACAAACAUCUAGACAGCAGCAGCAACGAGAGACCAGACAUUAGUGCCAUCCAGAGACGAGUGAAGAAAGUGACCCAUGACAUGGACAUGUGCUACGGCAUGAUGGGUAGUCUGUUCCGCAGCGGCUCUCGACAGACACUGUUCGCAUCGCAGGUGAUGCGCUAUGCUGACCUGUAUGCCGCCUCCUUCAUCAACCUGCUCUACUACCCCUUCAGCUACCUGUUCAGAGCUGCACAUGUGCUGAUGCCUCAUGAGUCUACGGUGGAGCACACGCACGUGGACAUGGACAUCGAGUCACCGCUGGCCACACGCAACCGCCACUGCGUGGACUGCAAGGAUGUUGACUGCAAACGCAGCCAGCUGACGCGCUCUGUCAGCGAAAUGAAACCUCCACACCUGUUCCCUCAAACCCCGCAGGAGAUCACACACUGCCACGAUGAAGACGACGACGAGGAGGAGGAAGAGGAAGAGGAGGAGGAGGAGGAGGAAGAAUAGAUGACAUGACCUUCUUUGGCCAGGCCUGACUGGCUGUUGAAAUGUUUAGCUUUAGCAAAGAGAGCAGUGGUGAGCCAGAGACAUUGUAAGGAAACGAAGAGGGAAAACUGAGCUAAUCCUUUAUUUUUCUUAUUUUUGAACUGUAUGAGUAGCACAUGUAUCAGACUAUACUGAACCACACUUUGGCUCGGCAGUUCAAUCCCUCCUUCCAAAAAAAAAGGGAAAAUAUGUAAAAGACUUUUCUCUAGACUUUUAUAUUGGUGAAAAUAUUACUCUAGAAAUGCUCUAGAUGCGUCAGUUUAACAAUGAUAAAAUCAGUUCAUACUGUCGUUUUUCAAACAAUCAAGAGGAACGGUUUGAAGGAAAACAACAAAGCACAUAGUCCAUAGUUUCUUUUACUAUAAACUCGCUGUAGCUGCUAUAGGACAGGAGUUCUAAUGAGUUUACAUUAAGGUGUACGUGUAUAACUCGUGUGAACAGUUGUCAGACAAAGGGUUUUGUAUAUCAGUUUGGGCCUGGUAACUGUACUUAAGGGCUGGGUGGAGCUUAUUGUAAGGUCAUAUCUGGUCCUAUGGCUAAGGGGCCAUUGAAGUCGUACAUGGUGCAUUUAAAGUCAGUGUAUUUUAAAUCUUGACUAUGCAUACUUGGCAACUCAGCAAAUUAUGGUCCGUCCAUGUUUAUGAGGACUGUAGUUAUGUUUUUAUUUUUACUUUUCUCUUCCUUUUAAAGGGGAAUUCCUCUGAUCUUUCAAAAUUAUCAUUAUAUUUCAGUUGUUGUGAUGCAAACAAAGUCAUUUGUUGUGGUUUGAUGUAAAUUAUUAAUUUUAGAGAAAAUUACUCACUCAGAUUUCUUUACAGUGGUGCUGAUAGGAACCAGGCGUUUUGAUGUCUACAGCGUAAAUAGUUUUCUUUAGGUACUAUUUUUCCUUACAGCACCCUGCAUGUAACACUUCUCCACCAUUUAAAAAAAAAAAGAAGAGAUUUUAUGCCAAAAUCUUAUUUCAGAGCCAUGUUAAAACAAUGUUUUAGGCAUCAUGCAACAUAUUCAUAAUUUGGCUUGGUAAUUUUCUCUAUAAUGGCACAUUUCUUAUCAAACCACUCUAACUUUGUUUACAUCCUAACCGUUUAAUUAUGCAGAAAUUUUGAAAAAUCGGUGCGAUUCCCCUUUAACCUUUUUCCCCUGGUUUAAGCCCUUUUGCUAGUGCAGUACAGGCUGACUAGUUUGGCUAAAGGCUGCCUCAUACAGGACUGGAGGAGAAGUAGAAAAAGAAGAGAGUGAGUCUGUUGGAGUUUUAUUAAGAAGCCCAGGCCGUGGUGCCCCGAUUACAGGCCUGGCUGUGAUGAGAAUGUGAAUGAAGUUCAGAGGGGCUUCAGCGAGCGGUGACGGCUAAUGUGUCGGCUAGGAAAGAAUGCUGCUAACACAAGAGCCCCCGUUACCUGGCAACCACUGUGCCAGGCAAACUGCAUAAGGCCAGUGGGGAUUUCUGUUCUGUCUUGGAUUUUUUUUUUUAAUGGCAGCGAUGUCAACUGCCAAGGAUAGUGCUGUCAACAGAGGCACUUUUGGCUAUAUAACCUGUUCUCUCUCUCUCUUUUUCUUUCUCUCUUUCUUUCUCUCUCUCUCUCUCUUUCUCUCUCUCUCUCUCUCAUUUUUCUAUCUUUCUGUUUCUCUCUCGCUCUUUCUCUGACACACUGUCAUUGUCUCCCUCACACAUCCUCUCUUUCUGUCUCUCUCUGACUUUCAUAAGCUCUCUCCCUUUCAUUCUCCCCAUCAUACUAUUUCUCUCUUGCUCUCUCUCUGUCUGUCUUUCUUUCUCUCCUUCUCUUUUACAUACACACCUACAGAUACUUAGCUAUUUUAAAAAGUAAACAAUAUUGUCAUGCAGAAUCUAACAUGCUCUAUUUUUGUACUCAGACUUAUAGUACCAAACUCUUAACAGCAUCCCAUUACCAACAUACUGUUUCAUAACUGUAGCUACCAUGCAGAAGUGACCUUGAUAUGCAGAAGAAAAAAAGAGAAAAAAACCUUGUACAUACUGUAUUUUGUAGCUGUUGUGAGAAGAGCAUUUAGAAAGAACUUGUGAAUAGAUAUAACAAAUAUUAGCAUCUUGAUUUUUUUAUUUGAAGUUCAGAGGUCAAAAAGAAAAAGACAUGACGUUACCGUCAACAAUUAUUUGUUGAUGAGACGGGCGAAUCAAAGGGCAGGAGUUGCCCUCAGCGACUGUUGCCAUGGCAAUUAAAGUAGUUCAGGCCAGUGUUUUGAUGUGAUUGGAGAAUUUACUCUUGUGUGGACCAAUAGCAUUAAGAGCACGCUGACCAGUGUUUUUCCUUUAGUUUCCCAACUAAACAAAGUCCUUUUGAUCUCAGUGUAAAGCAAUACAUACAUUAGGUGCAUGUGAUUUUAAAGGGUAGAAAAACAGCUAAACUGGUCCAUAAAUGGUUAGAAUCUAGCUUAUAAGAGAAAAAUAAGAAAAAAGGUAUUCUAAUGUAUGUGUAAUGACAUGCAGUACUGUAUAUACAAACAAGCUCGCUAACAGCGGAUUUAAUAAAGCUACAGUAUAUUUACUGCACCAUGUAUUACCAUAAGUAGAGUGUAUUUUUUAAUGUAUAUCAUUUUAUUUUAGGGAGGGAAAAAAGUUGUCAUGAGUCCAUGGAAAGUUAGGAUUAACAGGUAUUAUUGAUCAUCUUGUCUUACCUGGUUCAUGGGGAAAAAAAACUCUUGGGGCAGGUGGACACGAUGUUUGAAAGGUGAAUGUUUCAGAAAAACUAGCAAAUGUAUUUCAUAUUCAUAUACAGGUUAUUUUUAUUACGUAAGAUGAAGCAUAACCAUUGUUUUAAAAAAGAAACUGGAAAAGUGAAUACAAGGCAGCUCUUAAAA